UGAAAUUUGCAUUGCAUCUUGGGAUAGACUGGAAAGCAGAGUUUUGUGAAAUUUUUAGCAAAAUCUUUUCACUCAAUUCAGCUUUCUGCCUUUAAGAAGAAUGCAUUGCUGUUGUCAUUUAAUUCCAUCAUUUCCUUAAUAACUUGUCUAAGUUCCAGAAUCUAGGAAACAUAUCUAUGUGGAGCAGCUGAGAAGAAAAACGCAACUGAAAAUGUUCCCAAACGGUUCUAACGGAAUGGGUUCCCGACAAGAUCCACAGCAGAAAAGGCCUCACAACUAUAAGUUAGUGAUUGAUCCGAUGAUUCACCGAGGCGGUCAAAAAAUAUACAGAUUUGAUGGAAUUGACCCAGCUGAUAACACAUUGAUAUCUGUGAAGGACCCAAGACCUCGUUAUUUGAGAUUUUGGAGUAAGAGGAUUCCAGCUGACUUGCCAGUCCCGAAAUUCCAGUUUGAUGAACAUUACAUUGGUAUGCCUCCACCCAAUGAGGUGACGUUCACAAAUUUGAAUGACAACAUCAACCGAGACUUUCUGGAAAAGAUGUGUGAUCCAUUUGGGAAAAUGGAAGAAGUCAAGAUUUACUAUAACCCGAAGACAAAGAAGCAUAUGGGUAUCGGAAAGGUGGUGUUCACAUCCUCGAAGGCAGCAAAAGCCUGUGCCCUUAAACUUGAUCAGACAUCAAAGAUGGGAAACAUCAUGAACGUAUUUGUAGACCAGCUGGGGGCAGAAAGACAAAAAAUAAUGGACAACAUUUUGGACAAUAAACCUACUUGUAAACCUCCUUCACCAAAAACAGAUCCUAGGACAGGACUACCAGUAGAUAUAAAUGCAGCUCUACGUAUAGAUCACGACCCUGUCAGUCAGAAUGCAUUACCACCGUUUAACUCGAAUACCUUACUGGACCCAGGUGGGCUAGGUAUAAAUCACCGUGGGAAUACGUUCAUGCAGAAUAAUAUGGAGCAAACACCGUCAGAAUAUAGUUACUCUUCAACAAACCACUCGGAUCAGGGUUACGGAACACCAGGAUCUGGCAGUUAUCGUGGCCAUAAUGUGAGCGGGAAUCAACAGUUUAAUAAUAAUCAGUUCAAUUCGGGUUUUGGUGCAAAUAAUGGUGGUUUUGGAAAUAGAAAUCAGUUCGGUAAAAGUGGACCUCCUUUUGGGAACACACCUGGUGGAAGUAAUUUUGGAAACACCCCAGGGAGUUUUGGAACUACACCUGGUAGUGGUAGUUUUAAAGGAACACCCAUGAGCUUUGACAGUGGUAUUCAGCCAACGCCCUCUACACCUCAAACUCCCAUGCCAUACGGGAUGAAUGAUAUGAAAAAUGACUUCCCGAACAUGAAUGAUAGUAACAAUAGAAAUAGGGGUAGAAAUUUUCACAAUCGUGACAGAAGAGACAGCUACAAUAAUAGAGAUCGUCGAGAUAGUUAUAACAGUUACAACAGAGACAAUAGGGAUAGGAACAAAGACAAUGAAUAUAACAGACGUAAAAAUAGUGACUGGAAUACUAGUAGGGACAGACAUGGAAGAGACAGGGACAGAAAUCGUAGAGAUUGGAAAAAUGAUCGGAAUGAUUAUAAAAAUGAAAGAGAUGAUUGGGGGCGUGAUAGAGAUCGAAAUCGACACAGAGAUGGAAGAGAUACCAGAGACAGAGAUAGAAAUAGAAAUGAAUUAAGAGACAAUAGAGAUGAGCCCACAACACCAAAUUUUAGAAACAAACCUGCUGAUCGUGCUCCAGCAUAUCCCCCACCACCUCCCCAGGAAGAAAUUCAUACCCCAGCACCAGUAUUCACUCCGCCUGCCCCUAAACCACCUCCAGUCAUCAGUCCACCCCCACAGAUUCCAUUGCAACCACCACCUAAAGAAAAAGAAGAAGAUGACACUAGAAGUAUGAGUCUUGACUCUCGUAUCCAAAGUCUUCUAUCUGGUUUUAAGAGUCCGGAACCAGAAAGGCCUAAAACUCCCCCCUCAGCAAAAGCAGUCCCAACUGACAUGUAUAAUCAGUCUCCACAUGAUGUACCAAAUCAGCAGAUGUACGACUCAAACCCUCAAAUGAUGGUUCCAAAUGGUAAUAUGUAUGCCGAAAUUUCGAUUCAAGGACAGCAGCCACAAGACGAUGAUGAUCGUAUGAGUUUAGAUUCAACCGGAAGCACCGGUGUUCCAGGAGCAAUUGAAGUAAAUCCAGCAGACACGUCCGUUCCACCACCACCUUUGAUCCCUUCACAGAUGCCAAAUUCAACAUCCCAAGUUCAGAACUGGCAACAGCAAAACGAAAUUGGCAGUAAUUACCUGCCGGGUUACAUGAAUAAUUACUCUGGCGGACAAUUUAACCAAAACUUUGUAAAUCAGUUUAGCAAUGACUUAAAUAAUCAGAGAUUUGAAUCCUUGAAACCCAAAGAUCCGAAAGAAGAGGCUGAUAAACAUGAAGUGACAUUCGAAAAAGUGCUUGAAGAUUUUGUAAAUGAACUGAAGGAGAUAAUGACUAAAGAUUUAUGUAAGAAAAUGGUCGAGACAUCAGCUUUUAAAUCAUAUGAGCAGUGGUGGGACAAUGAAGAGUCAAAGACAAAGCCUCAGAAGCCAGUGGUGAUGGAGAAGUCUAAACCCGAGGAGAAACCCUCAAAUGCUGUUGUAGGCAAAGCUGAAGUGAGUGCUUCCUUGGUAGGCUUAUUUGCACAGCCAGAACGGGCGCGGCACCCGUGGAGUAAAGAAGGACACUUCGAUAUAGCAGCAGCCUAUGGCGGUAUGGGAGAAAGUCCAAUGGGUGGCAUGGGAGGGCUGCUUGGUAUUAGAACAGGCAUGCCUAGACUACCGUCUUUCAAGAAAAAGGUCAUACAGAAGUCACCAGAAGAGAUAGAAAGGGAAGAACGACGAGAAAGAAGAGAGAAAGAGAGGAGAGAAAGAAGGGAGAAGAAAAGAAGAGAACGUGAGGAGAAACAGAAACAAGAAAAGAAGAAAGAGGACUCUGAAUCAGAAAAAGAUGAGGAAAGUAAAGCAACGCAGAAAGCAAUAUUCAGCAGCAGUGAGUCAGAAGCAGAAGAAUCAGAAGAAGAGGAGGGUGAAGCAACAUCAGAGGCAGCAGCAACCUCAUCCAGUGAAGCCGAAUCGUCUUCAUCAUCGAGUAGUGAUGAUGAUGAUGACGACGAUGAUGACGAUGAGGAGGGUAGUGACAGCAGUUCUGAGGCAGCAUCAUCAAGUUCAGAGGCAGAAUCUUCGGACGAAGAGGAAGAUAAGGACAUUGCAAAAUCUGAUAAGAGUGAUGACAGUGAUGAAGAAGUUGAGGUCAAGGUUACCGGAACAUCUUCAUCAUCAUCCGAAGCUUCCUCAUCCGAAUCUGAGGACGAGGAGGGAGAGAAGGAGAAAGAAGAAUCAGAAAAGGAAGAAGGAGAAGUCAGUACUCAGUCAGAGGGAGAGACUGACAAACAGAAGGAAAAAGAGGAAGAAGAAAUGGAAGUUGAAAGAGAGAAGUCACCUGAUAAGGCAGCACCUGAUCUAUCCCCUAAGAAACAAGGUUCACGAGCUGAUACGCCAGUUGACAUAGAAACACCAAUGACAAGUGAAGAAAAAAUGGAGAUUGGACAAUCCAGGGAGGAAACUGCUCAAAUUGUGCCACCAAAAUCACCAGUGAAAAAGACACAAAAGAAAUCACCAGGGCGGCCUAAGAAAGGCCAGCAGCCUGGCGUAUCAAAAGAUCAGCAAGAUCGAAACUUGUUUGACAAUCUUAGUGGUCAUGGCGAAGGUGCCAGUGCUUCAACCGACAUAAGUGGAUUAUCAUUACUCAGUGAGGCAGCUUCAAUGUCAUUGAGGGAACUAGUGGAGAGGGCACCAGCAUUCAGGAAACCGGAAACCGAUCAGACUUCUCAGGAUGAAAGUGAUCGCCGGGAGUGGGACGAAAAUCGACCUAGUUUCCUGUCCGAGCAUGCUUAUUAUGCAAUGCCGAAUGUUGAGGAGGAUAAAGAAUCAACUGCAACACUUUCUGCUGAGGAAGAUGAUGAAGAAGAUGAACUGAAAGGUCAUCGACUUGUUUGGAUCGACCACAAUUACUGCCAAGUUCCGUCUCCUCAGAUUCUCGCUGACAUGCAGAAGGAAUAUGAACAAACGCUUGAAUUGGCACGAGCCAUUGAGCGUAAACAGGAAGAACAGACUAAGGACUUAAUUAGAAAUGAGAAUCUAGAUCAGUUGGAAAAACCGAAGAAAGGCAGGAAAAGAAAAGUUGAUGCUCUUCUGGAUAUUACAAAUAAAAAAGACAACAAAAUUAGUCGUGAAUUGGCUGGUUUAUUAGAGCCAGUUAAACCCAAAGAAGUGAAAAUAGUUAAAUACGAACCUCGGACUUUUGAAGAGGAAAGGCAAGCGUUCUAUAAUAUAUUUAGCAAUGGAAUUGAUAUUGAGGAUAUAAACUAUUUAAAGCAAAGUUACGAGAAAUUAUUAUCGACAGACGAUCCAAUGUUUUAUUGGUUAAAUGACAUUCUGUGGGUGGAUCACCCUAUCACAAAUAUUCCAGAUCCUGUACCACCAAAACGUCGGCGGAAAAUGGACCAAGAAGUUCCGACGUCCAAACAUAAAACAGGUUGUGCUAGAACAGAAGGUUAUUAUAAGAUCAGUAUGAAAGAAAAAGCAUCAUAUCUUCAACAUGCAUACAACCAACAAAAGGCAGUCGAAAAAGCCAAACAGCUGGAGGACUCUACAAAGGCAUCCAAGUCUUUAGCAUCAGUUCGUGAUCUCAGGCAUGAAAAUAGACGAUUACAAGUCUCCUUACAGGAGUUCGAGUUCUCAGGCGAUCUUUUCAAAUUUAAUCAGCUUAAGUUCCGAAAGAAAGCAUUGAAAUUUGCCCGCAGUGGUAUUCACGACUGGGGUCUCUUUGCACUGGAGCCUAUCUCUCAGGAUGAAAUGGUGAUAGAGUAUGUGGGUACAAACUUACGGCAGUCUGUAGCAGACUUACGUGAGAAACAGUACGAGGCAAGCGGUAUCGGCAGCAGUUACAUGUUCCGUGUAGAUGGUGAAACCAUCAUAGAUGCUACAAAAACUGGCAAUUUAGCGAGAUUUAUUAACCAUAGUUGUAAUCCAAACUGUUAUGCCAAAGUGAUUACUGUAGAGAACAGGAAGAAAAUUGUGAUAUAUUCCCGCCGCGACAUCAAUGUGAACGAAGAAAUCACAUACGAUUACAAGUUUCCCAUUGAAGAUGAGAAAAUUCCAUGUUUGUGUGGUGCAGCAGGUUGUCGAGGAACACUUAAUUGAAAGACAAAAAUCUGUGUUAUAUGUGUAUUACAUCUUGUAAUAGUGCUAGUCUAGUUUACAGAAUGGUCAGAAAGAUCACUUCUCCUGAUUGCAAAAUAAUGCAAAUACAGUCUGACAAAUACAUGUUUACAGUUUGAUCAGGGUUCAGUGUUUGAUGUUUUAUUGAAAGUGGAAGACUGUUUCCUACUUUGUUUAACCCGUACCCUGCUAAAUUUCUAUAAUGAAAUUGUCAAUCAAUUUGGACAGUACCAUUAACUAUUAAAAGGGGUGCUUACCAAAAUAUACUGACUGAAUGGCGAACAGUGCAGACCAUGAUCAGACUGCACGGAUGUGCCGGCUGAUCUUUGUCUGCACUGGUCGCAAAGGCAGAAUCACUUGCCACCAGCAGGCUAAGGGUUAAUAUUGUUCAAAGUUGAACAUUUAAACACUUGACAUUCUUUAAAUUUUAACUGUGCAGUUUUAUUUCUGUAAUUGUAGGUGAAAGGUACAAGUAUACUGAAUAUCACUACCAAUGUACUUUAUAGACAAUUCCACUAGUUUUAUGUACAGAAAUAGAGUCUUCAAAAUAUAAAAAUAGUCACACAUGAUAAAUAUUUUUCUGAUGUACACAAAUUUUCUUGCAAAAAAAAAAAAAGAAGAUUUUUGUAGGAUUUUUAUUAUAAUUUCCUGUAUGGGAUAGCUUCAAUUUUUGUUUGUUUAAAAGACAUAUUAUUUCAGUAAAUAGUAUUCGUCCAGACCUCUGGCUGUUUUCAUCAGGUUGAACGUUUAAAGUCUGAAACUUAGUCUUCAGAAUGGAAUCAUUCAAGUUGCGUAGCAUGUUUAAAAUUUGUAGCUGCACAUUUAUGCAAAGUUUCAUUACUAUCUGUGCUAAUUUUACAAUGAUUGGGCAAAAAGAAAAUUUAGCAUUUUAAUGUCUUAAAUCUCAAUUUUAGACUUCAAAUGUUGUUGAAUACUAGCCUAUUAGUUGCUAAAAUUUAGCAUAAACCUGUACAUUCAAACCUAUGAUUAAUACAAGCUAUGUAUUGAAACCACUUCUCACAGAAGACUGAGGUCGGAGACCAUUCUCUAAUAUGCAACCUUGCCAUUAGCCAAUUUCAUGUUUGAGCUCGGAAUCCACCAGCCAUGUUGGAAUUUGUAGUGAGGUCCCCAAAUUCAGUUUUACAACCUUGGGAUGGGGGUUAGGGCAUUCGUUCCUUUUCUGAUAAAGCAUAAAUUUGUCCUGUGUUAUAAAUCUUAGGGUAUGAAAAAGUUACUGUAUCAUCUCUUACUGGUUAAAUUUGAAGUAUAACCUUGGGGGUUUGGAGUGGGGCCAUUAGUUUCUUUUCUUUAUAAAGCAUCUGUCCCAUGUGUUAACCAUUACUUAUUAAAAUCAUUUGUCCCGUGUGUUGACUUUAAUGUAUUAAAAAGUUGCCAACUGUUACUGGUUAAAUUUGACAUUUUCAUUUUCAACAGAAGUAUGAAUUCACAUCUGUGCAAUAAGAAGAAGCAGUAUUUUCAUAUCAAAAAUAUUUGGAUUGCCAUAAACUUUAUCUGUCUCUUUAAACAGGAGAUUAAAUGUACUUUCAUUGAAGUUGUUGAAGAUAAAAUAUUCCUGAUAUUUUGAAAAUUCUGCUGGUAAGCAGAUUGCUUUUGCUUUAUAUGCUUUAUGUAUGCGGUAAAAAGUACAGCCGGACUUCGUUUGCUUGAACUCAACGAGACUGGCAAUUUUUUUUCAAGUUUUGGGUAGCCUGAGCCACUGAAAUAAUAUGCAGCAUAGGGAUUUCUGUGGGACCUGACAAUAAGUUUGAGCUGGUUUUCGAAUUAUCCAAGUUCGAGCAAACGAAGUUUGACUGUACAUAUAAGUAUCAGCUUGUAUGCUGUAGGCAGUAACUUUACAUUUAGAUAACAUGUUUGAAGUUCGCUUCGGGUAAAAAUUUAUGUUAGCAACUGUUAACGUAGCAGUCUUGGGCCCAUUUGUUUAGUUCCUUGGGAAUUUGCAGUUGAAUUGGUUCUUUAUCAUAUACCCUUUACCUGAAGUGAUAGGUAUCGGAUACUGACUGGUACCCGGUCCCUACAUCAGCCUGUAACUUACAAAAAUGUUGGCAAAAUCUAAAAUUUGGACAUGAGUUUUUAGGGAAUACAACUUUUAAUACUAAUUGAAUUAUUAGGAUACUGAAUGUAGGAAGGAAGGUACAUAGUGUUCUUGGAAAAUGAAUAUACUUGUAUCUUACUAAUUCAACAUAUUUAGUCAGUGGUUAUUUAUAUGUGAAUCACAUUUUGUAAUAUGUUUGAUCAGUUCUUGUAUUUUUUCUUGUGUUAUAACUAGGACCUAAAUAACAUGGAUUUGUAACUUUGGAUUUAUCUUUAAACAAGAGCAAAACUCUAAAUACCCAUAAUCCUUGGCAUUCUUUUUGGACAGUUACCAGUAAUAUUUACUAGGGUUUUUUUGUGGAGUGGGAGUGCAAUAGUUUUAUCUCCGAUAAUGGAAUAAUCUGAUGCAAUUACUGUCUUGACUUUUGCAAGAAUUAGCCACCAAGGCAGUCGCAAUCUCAUGAUUUCUCACUUGUCUGUCCAAUUGCGAGAAUAUGCUUUUAUGAUACAUAUAUGAGCCGUGCCAUGAGAAAACCAACAUAGUGGCUUUGCGACCAGCAUGGAUCUAGACCAGCCUGCGCAUCUGCGCAGUCUGGUCAGGAUCCAUGCUGUUCGCUAACGAUUUCUCUAAUUGCAAUAGGCUUUGAAAGCGAACAGCAUGGAUCCUGACCAGACUGGGCGGAUGCGCAGGCUGGUCUAGAUCCAUGCUGGUCGUAAAGCCACAAUGUUGGUUUUCUCAUGGCACGGCUCAUAUGUAAAAAGAAGUAUUAUAUCCAUGUUUAUUUAGGUUCCUUGAUUUUAUGUUUAACAUAACUGUACAGUUAGUUGAUUUCUGUUAUGAAACGGAUGUUAUGGAAUAAAUGUUGCUCAUUAACGUGUAAAUUUUUACAAUAAAUUCCAAAAAUAAUGGAAGAUUUUUAUAUAUAUCACUUGUGCUAGAAAAAUUUCAUAAUGAAAUUCCAUUUAAAAAAUGUGUAUGUGGACUUCAUUUUUGGAAGUGUUUGGAAAAAAACAGUAAACAUUAUAAAAAAAUGAUUUAAAUAAAUGAAAUUAAGAUAAA